UGUUUUCCAGCGCGCUGAGAGCAGCCUCUCUUCCAUUUACUUGAUUCGCAGGUUUGUUGUAUCUCUUUGGAGGCUUUUUUCCUCCCCUUUUUUUGCUGUCCGGCUCUCUCCACCCCCGAAUUUUAUCUAGUUGUAGCAACUUGCCGCCUCUUUUUUUUUUUUUUUUUCCCCCUUAUUAUUACUGGUAUUUUUUCACUGGCGCCUUCUGUACAUUUUCCGAUUGCGAGCCGCCCUCGGAGCCCGGUUUUUAACAGCAUUUUGUCUGCAGAUCUCCCCUUUGUUUGCACAGAUCCCCUUUUUAUUUUUUGAUUUUUUUUCCUUGUUGUCGUUCGUUGUUAAAGUCACUUUUUUUUUUUUUUUUUUUUUUUUGGUGGGGGGGGCGCUGUAUUUAAACACUUAAAAUGCACUGCUAUCUGCUGAGCGUGCUCCUCACAGUGGAUCUGGCCACCGUGGCUCUCAGCCUGUCUACCUGCAGCACCCUCGACAUGGAUCAGUUUAUGCGCAAGAGGAUCGAGGCUAUCCGGGGGCAAAUCUUGAGCAAACUGAAGCUCACCAGCCCCCCCGACGAGUACCCCGAGCCCGAGGAGGUGCCCCCGGAGGUCAUCUCCAUCUACAACAGCACCAGGGACCUGCUGCAGGAGAAAGCCAACCACAGAGCUGCCACUUGCGAGAGGGAGAGGAGCGAUGAGGAAUACUAUGCCAAAGAAGUUUACAAAAUAGACAUGCAGCCUGGUUACCCCGAAAAUGCCAUCCCGCCAAACUAUUUCAGCCUUUACUUCCGAAUCGUCAGAUUUGAUGUCUCAGCGAUGGAGAAGAACGCUUCCAAUUUGGUGAAGGCCGAGUUUAGGGUCUUCCGCCUGCAGAACUCAAAGGCGCGGGUCUCGGAGCAGCGGAUAGAGCUGUACCAGGUGUUAAAAUCUAAAGAAUUAUCAUCACCAGGACAGCGUUACAUUGACAGCAAAGUAGUUAAAACAAGAGCUGAAGGAGAAUGGUUGUCAUUUGAUGUCACUGAGGCUGUACAUGAGUGGCUCCAUCACAGAGACAGGAAUCUUGGAUUUAAGAUAAGCUUACAUUGUCCAUGCUGUACCUUCGUGCCUUCCAAUAAUUAUAUCAUCCCAAACAAAAGUGAGGAACUUGAAGCAAGAUUUGCAGGUAUUGAUGACUACACAUAUUCCAGUGGUGAUGUGAAAGCUUUAAAGUCCAAUAGGAAAAAAUACAGUGGGAAGACCCCACAUCUUCUGCUAAUGUUAUUACCCUCCUACAGACUUGAGUCGCAACAGCCCAGUCGGCGGAAGAAGCGUGCUCUAGAUGCUGCCUAUUGUUUUAGGAAUGUGCAGGAUAAUUGCUGUCUGCGUCCACUUUAUAUUGACUUCAAGAGGGACCUUGGCUGGAAAUGGAUUCAUGAACCUAAAGGAUACCAUGCUAAUUUCUGUGCGGGAGCCUGCCCUUAUUUAUGGAGCUCAGAUACUCAGCACAGCAGAGUACUCAGCUUGUAUAACACCAUAAAUCCAGAAGCUUCUGCCUCUCCAUGCUGUGUGUCCCAGGAUUUGGAACCCCUCACCAUCCUCUACUACAUUGGCAAAACACCCAAAAUUGAACAGCUGUCCAACAUGAUUGUAAAGUCUUGCAAGUGCAGCUAAAGGAGAUCCCCGAAACAGCAUGACAUGUGUUUAUUAAAAAAAAAAAAAAAA